UGUGAGGCCGGCUGCGCUCCGACGUCAGUUCCGGGGCGGACAGUGCUGCGGAUUAGCGCCGCUGCGCGAGCGGAGCGGUCAGUGCGGCGUCUCUCUGAGGGGCAGUUAGACGGAAGCGGCGGAGAAUCCGGGCUUUCCGGUUUGUUGGAGAUGUUCGUGUUUCCGCAGCGCUGUCUGUGCUCGCGCUCCGCUUCCGGCCGGGUUACAGCGCGAGCGGCGCUGAACGCCUCCAAAGCUUCCGCUCCACACCGGAACUGCGCCAGCACAGCGGCCGAGACUGAAGCGCGCGGAGUUCGAGUCAGAUUCGCCCCGAGCCCCACUGGGUUUCUUCACCUUGGUGGUCUCCGUACGGCGCUGUAUAACUUCCUGUUUGCCCAGCAGCAUGCUGGGACAUUCAUCCUGAGGCUGGAGGACACCGAUCGUUCUCGCCUGGUUCCUGCGGCUGCGCGGGACAUCGAGGACCAGCUGGAGUGGGCGGGCAUCCCUCCUGACGAGGGUGGGAGUAAAGGUGGUCUCUAUGGGCCGUAUGUUCAGUCUCAGAGGCUUCAUCUCUACUCGGCUGCUGCCGUGGCUCUGCUGGAGUCUGGCCACGCCUACCGCUGCUUCUGCACCAAUCAGAGGCUGGAGCUGCUAAAGAGGGAGGCGCUACGCAACGGACAGACGCCACGGUACGAUAACAGGUGUCGGUCACUCCACGCUGACCAGGUUCAGGAGAAACUGUCCGCUGGAAUUCCGUCUGUUGUCCGUUUCCGUUUGUCCGACAGCUUGGAGCCGUUCCAGGACCUGGUGUUUGGCUUUACCCAGCAUGCCGUGGGGCAGGUGGAGGGUGACCCGGUGAUCGUGAAGGCCGACGGGUUCCCCACCUAUCACCUAGCCAGCGUGGUGGACGACUGGCACAUGCAGGUGAGUCAUGUUCUGCGAGGUUCGGAGUGGCUGAUCUCCACCUGUAAACACCUGCAGCUGUACCGCGCCCUUGGCUGGACUCCACCCACCUUCGCCCACCUGCCCCUUCUGCUCAACAAAGACGGGUCCAAACUGUCCAAGAGGCAAGGGGACAUCUUUAUUCAGCACUUCAGACAGCAGGGGGUGCUGCCAGAGGCCUUGCUGGACAUCGUCACGCACUGCGGCUCUGGAUUCAGCAGUAACCGUCUGGGCCGCAGGCUGCACGAGCUGAUCGGAGAAUUUAACGUCUCCAAGAUCACCGCCCAUUCCGCCCUGCUAGACCUGGACAACCUGCCCCACUUCAACAGGGUCCACCUGCAGCGCAGGAUAGAGGACGAUGCUCUGUGUCGCCCCCUGGUGGACGAGCUGAAGGAUCUCAUCGCUCACAGUUAUGGGGAUCAGAUAGAAGAUCAGGAGGUUCUGCAGCGUGAUUACAUUCAGAGAGUUCUACACUUCAGAAAGGGUCACAUCUCCUCAGUGAAGGACCUGAUCUCGCCUGUGCAUUCGUACCUGUGGCUCCGCCCCUCCAUAUCCCGAGAACAGCUGGAGCAGCUGAGCUCAGAAUUCCGAGAAAUCGCAGCUAAAGUUAUACAGUUAAUGCAGACUGAACACACGACUGAAGAUCUGAACGCUGAGCUGAAGAUUGCCUCCAAAACCUUGAAGAAAACCAAAUACAGUUCAAUGAUGAAGAUAUUGAGAGUGACCCUGAGUGGACAGCAGCAGGGUCCCAGUGUCAGUGAGAUGAUCCUCUCGUUGGGUCAGAAGGAGGUCUGCUGUCGGUUACAGAGAGUCCUGGAUCACUGAUUUACCCCACCUGUAUUUAUUACAAAAUAAAAGUCUUUUGUAUACGCAG